AUGCGGGCCCAGGCAUGCGCUGCGUCGUCGGGCGGCCCAAGAAGGCGGGCUGGUCGUCCGUCCCAGCGCCCCCUGAGGGAACUCGUGCAGCAGAUUGAUGCGCGCCUGGAUAAGGUGGACGCGGGCCUGGCUGAGGUGGACGCGCGCCUGGAUAAGGUCGACGCGCGCCUGGAUAAGGUGGACGCGCGCCUGGAUAAGGUCGACGCGCGCCUGGAUAAGGUGGACGCGAGCCUGGAUACGGUGGACGCGAGCCUGGAUACGGUGGACGCGAGCCUGGAUAAGGUGGACGGGCGCCUGGACCGGCUCCUGCUUGGCCUGCGGCCACUGGUCGUGGGAACGGACCCCAGCGCCCCUGCCUGGGUGGACGAGCUUAGCCAGCUGUCCACGCAGGCUUUCGGCGACGCCGUACACGACUUGAAUGACCGGGCCCUGAAGCAGCUUCUGUCAAAGGGUUUGAAGGCGGCGACGAAGGACGGCGAUGAGCAGCAAGAGGAGCUGCUGAGCAGCAGCGGCGCCGGCAUCGCAUGCGCCGUCGCUGCGGCGUUCCUGGACGCGUACCUGCCAGCUACAUUCGGCGGUGCGGCAGACGGCGCAGGCGGCGGCGCGGGCAACGGCGCGGGCAGCUUCGUGGCGCCCGUGCUGCCGCAGUUCCCGCCGGAGGCUCUCCAGUUUGACCUCCGCGGGCUCGUGGAGGAGGAGCCUGGCCACGUACGCGUCGACAUCGGCGAGAUCAAGACGCGCGCCGACUACGGCAGCGCCGUGCAGCAGCUGGGGCUGCGGCUGGGCGUCCUCCGCUGGCUGCUGGUCGCCUGCUGCGGCGUGGCGGAGAGCGACAUUGGGGCGGUCGGGCGGCUCUUCGUCCCGGCGGUUGGCGAGGGCCGGCCCGCGCCCCAACAGGAGGAGGUUGACGUCCAACAGGAGGAGGUCACCCGCAGCGUGUGGCGGUUCAGCCUGCACCUCCACUGGUUGUAG